CGCGCUCUCGAAGAGCCGAAGGGAAGGAAGCGAUGUCUGCGGGAGAGAGAGCCCUUUCUGCGCUCCUGGGUAGGUCGUAGUAGUUGCACUCUGUGUAUGCUCAGAAGCUCUCCUUAGAAGGGCUGCAGCUCUUGCCCAGUGUGUUUGUCUCUUUUGUUUUACUUUGUAUAUGCCCAGAAGCUCUCUUUACUAGGGAGGCAGUGUGGAAUGAGCCCUGCUCUGUGUAGGGAGAAGUACUUUGUGCAUGUUCAGGGGCUCUGUUGACUGUUAUAGAAGAGGUACUGUGUUGAGCCUCUGGCACAGAAAGCUGAUUUGGGAGCUGAACCUGAGAGCAAACUAAAGUUUAACGUUUGUUAUGCAACCCUCCAACAGCUCAGGGCCUUCUCACAACCACCCUGAGAGGUGUAUUAACCUGUAAGGUGAGCAUAGGAAGCUGUAUCGUUAUAAAACGUUUGACAAUUUGUUCAUGUAGCCCAGUACUGUCUAUUCCAAAAAUAGGGAGUGUGUGGUUCUCCAGAUGUUAGUUGGACUACAGCUCCCAUCAUCCCUGUUCUUGAUGCUGCAUCCUGAGCUCUUUGUGGACAUGCCUCCGCAGUGAUUGCUACUCACCUAUGGAAUGCCCUCCCCAGGGUUAGUAAGGCUCUCCCUAAUAAUGUUGGAUUCAGGUAGGUAGCUGUGUUGGUCUGAAGCAGUCAAAAUAAAUGGGGGGAAAAAUAAAAAAUUGUCCAGUAGCACCUUAGAGACCAACUAAGUUUGUUCUGGGUAUAAGCCUUCUUGUGCAUGCACAAAAAGGUAUCUGAGGAAUGCAUGCACAUGAAAGCUUAUACCCAGAACAAACUUAGUUGGUGGUGCUGUGGGUUAAACCACAGAACCUAGGACUUGCCGAUCAGAAGGUCGGCAGUUCGAAUCCCUGCGACAGGGUGAGCUCCCGUUGUUCGGUCCCUGCUGCUGCCAACCUAGCAGUUCGAAAGCACGUUAAAGUGCAAGUAGAUAAAUAGGUACCACUCUGGCGGGAAGGUAAGCUGUGUUUCUGUGCACUGCUCUGGUUCGCCAGAAGCGGCUUAGUCAUGCUGGCCACAUGACCCAGAAGCUGUACGCUGGCUCCCUUGGCCAAUAAAGCGAGAUGAGCGCCGCAACUCCAGGGUCGGCCACGACUGGAUCUAAUGGUCAGGGGUCCCUUUACCUUUACUUUAAGGUCCUAAUAAUGUUGAAUAGAGAGAAGGGGAGUGCCAGGAGAGGGAGGCUUGCCCAAAGUGGGACUUGGAUCCUCAGAAACGCUAACUUUAAAAAACUUAUAGAAGAAAAGUUCUCUGUUUCUUUCUUACUCCAGCAGCUUCUACAACACCCAUGUUGUUCAGGAGGGCCCCUGGACCUCUGGAGAGGCUUUUCAGGGGGCACUGGGGACUACAGAACGAAAGAGAGAAUGGCAAACUUUCCUUCUAUGAACUUCCUUAGGUUAUCUUGGGAUCCCAUCCCUCGUAUUUAAAAGUGGCUACUGGAAAUGGAAAUAUUUCCCCAUUCUCCAUCAGGAUGCCCAGAGUUCAACUCAGCUUGAACCAAUUACCAUACCAUACCACCUUAGCAAAAUUUAGUGGCAUGCCUUCUUGGACUAAGAUUUCUUUGUUUCUCUCAAUCCCCCCUCCCUACCCCCCCCCAAAAGCUGGAAGAUCCAAGAAACAGAAAUGUGAACGUAAAAAUGAACAGAAGCUGAAGGAGGCAGCUCUUCAUAUUUUGAGUUGCCAUCACAAUUUGGGUGACCUGUUGCUUGAGGUAAGAAAGUAGCAGUGUUGACUUCCAACAGCUUCCUGGUGCCUUCUUUGCUCCCAUUGAACUUCAGUGUUGUGUUUAUGUUCCUGGUUUAAAUUGUGCUUCUGGACAGGAGUCAUCAGGAUGCACUGGGGGGGGGGUAACUACAGAUGACUAAAAAUAAAUAUCUGGAGUUGAUUCUUAUUGGAGAGAGAAUAAUAAGUCCAUGGGGAGCAAAAUUGUCUUACAGUGGCAGGCCUAAGCAUGCUUACUCAGAAGUAACCACUGAGCUGAGUAGAGCUUACUGCCUAUUUAUUGUUUGUAUUUUAUGAGAUGCCUCAGAAAAUAAACUCUUUAGGCAUUGUACAAGAAAUAAAAACAGCAAUGAAACCAUACUUCAAUAAAAACCCACAAUCAUCUUAAAAUACAAAUGGUUGCAUAAAAGCCAGAUACAAAAACAAAAAACAGCUCCAUAAGCUACCUUCUCUAAACUCCGUAGUAAAAAUAUAAAUUCCCUAGAGGAAAGUAUGUUUAAGAUUGCAGCCUUAAUUUCUUAUGAACAUUUUCCAUACUACUACCUGUUAAGUUUCCUUUAAUCAUAAAAUGAUUGUCCUUUAAAAAAGAAAAUGUGUGGAUAGAUAUCUGAAACCUGCUGAGGCCACUGGGUGUUGUUCCUGCAUUCUGCUUCCUUUGGACAUCAUCUUAUCCUAUGAAACGGGAUAAAUUAUUUGAAUAAAGAAAUGUGCAGAUUUGUCGACCGAGUAAUUCCCCUAUCUAUGGAAUGUUCUCCCUUUCUCUUCACCAACCUGUUUGCCCUCCUAAUGUUUUGGACUACAACUCCCAUCAGCCCGGGCCAGCAUUGGCUAGGGCUGAUGGGAGUUGUAGUCCAAGUUACCUGGAGGGCAACAGAUGAGUAAAGGUUUCCUUCUUCCAUUUCAGAGAAUUUUAGCAUUUCCUUCUGGACUCCCAAAUGUUUGCUGUGCAAGUAUGCCCAAGCAUUUUGAGGUUGCAUCUGGAACAGGCUAGGUUAUAUUUGAUAGCAUAAGUAAUAAACAAGAUGAACAUGUCUCUCUCUGUGUUAUUUUUACAGGUGGAAAGUUCAGAGUGGAACAAGCAGCUACUUUCCUUUAGUCCAGCCAAUGAAGCUUCCGUUCCAGAACAAUUUGUGGGUGGGUGCAAGAGAUUUAUCUGUUUUGCCAGAGGGAGCUGCUGAAAAUCAAGUUAAUCUAUUCAGAAAGAUUAAAAUAUUCAGAUCAACAUUCUGUCUAGUCUGGUACUAUCAACAGCAACUGGGAGCAACAACUUGCCAAGUUUUGGGACAAUGACCUUUCCUAACCUUGUAGCCUGAGCCUUUUUUUUUAUAGCUAGAAAUGCUAGAAAUUUAUCCUGGGAACUUUUAAGAACAAGUUGUGUUUUCUCCCUUGAAAUAUAUCCUCUCCCACUUUCUGUUUUGGGUGUUAUUGUUAAGGUGCAGGUGCAAGAAUGGAUAGGGUUAUGUUGCACAAUCUGUCCUUGCUAACCCUGUUUCCCCUCUCUUUUCACACUUCCGUCUCUGAUAUUACAUUCUAGUCUCAGCCUUGCAGGAUCAGGCCUUCAUGCUGGGUGUGCCAGUGGAAAUCCUGUCAGCCAGAAUAGCUGCUGGAAACAUUGAGAAGAUCUCUGCUGAGUCUGGUCAAGCUGUGAUGCUGAAUGGAGAGCAGAGAGUAAGCAGGAAGGAAUUCCAUUUCUGGGCAUGGCAAGAGUGGGAGAGGAGUGCUGUCUCUAAGUAUAAACUGUAAAUGUUUAUUAGAGGAACUAAAGGCUGAGGUUGGCAACCUAUUUCCUCACAUAGAAUGCCACCUCAAUUAGAGAGUCUGCAAACAGGAAUUAUGGCACUCAUUUGGGUUUACCUGCAGUUCCUCUGUGAUAAAAGUGAAAUAUUUUUAGCUCAUGCUUCGUUUGCUGUGGUCAUGUCCAGAUGUCUUGGACUACAACUCCCAUCAGCCUCAGCAUCUUAUAUCUAUGCUGCCUGGGGGUGAUGUGAACUGUAGUUUAAAACAUCUGGAGGGUAUCAUGUUGGGGAAGGCUGUUGGGGGCAGCUUGGCAACUUCCUUCUGAGGUUUCUGUGACCUACUGAUGUCUGAUGGGCCUCUGGGAAUUACAAUAGGUGAGCUCUCCCUGAAGUUCACAUGGGAUUUCACCCCCCUCCCUGAAACUGAGAAAUAGCUCAGCUCAUAUCUAAGACAUUUCAAAUGCACUGAAACCCCCAUGAGCCCCCCUGCACUGCUUUCCUUGUAUGCUGCCCUCUUAUAGUCCAUUUACUUCAUCGCCCCAAAUCCCUUCACUUUACCUGUCUGGUACAAGCAGCUGCAAGGAGAGGGGAAGGAGCGAGAUAAAGAGUCUGCACCCUUGAAAGCUGCUGGCUACUUAUUAUCAUUUUUUAAGUAAACAGCACUCUUUUCUUCAAUUACAGAAAAAGUUGUCAUGCUUGCUUCAGUCUCUGAAGGAUUUGUUAACGCACAAUGCGUUCUGCCGUUUGCGGUUCGCUCAAGAAACCUGGAAGUUGCAAGUAAGAAUGCUUUAGAAAUAUGGGGUGUUAAGAGGGAAAUGCUACAUACCAGGUAUGGGGAACCUGCAACCUUCUGGACGUUAGUGGUACAGUAGUACCUCUGGUUAAGAACUUAAUUUGUUCCGGAGGUCCGUUCUUAACCUGAAACUGUUCUUAACCUGAAGCACCACUUUAGCUAAUGGGGCCUCCUGAAGCAAAGUUCUUAACCCGAGGUAAUAUUUCCGGGUUAGCGGAGUCUGUAACCUGAAGCGUAUGUAACCUGAAGUGCAUGUAACCCGAGGUACCACUGUACUCCAGCUUCCAUCAGCCCCAACCAGUGGUCAGGAAUGAUGGGAGCUGUAACCCCACCACAUCUGGGAGGGCCACAGAUUCCCCACUCCAUCUAUAGACACAUGUGCUGGAAAAACAUUCCUCAUAUAGCUUCACUCCUCUUUGAUGCCUUAAUGCUGACAAGUGCCUUCACAUUGUUGGGGAGAAAUGCAGGAUUCCUCUUCUGAUGCCAGCAAACAAUUUAAGUAGCAAACUUAAGAGCACAGGCCUCUUAAUAAACUCUUAGCAUUGCAGUACUUAAAUAAUACUUGGCCCUUGCCAGCUAUCCUAUUGCCUCUGAGCUUUAUUUAUUUUUAUUUAUUCAUGCAAAGUAUUUAUCUAUGGAUCUCUCACAAAAUGUCAGGACAAUGUCUUCAUAGCUUGCCACAGCUGAGGCAGCAAAUGGGUUGUGGUUAGAUGUGGGCCUUCAGCAACAAUGUGGGCCACACUAAUCAGCUGUUGAGCCUUAGCCAAGUGGCUGAGUUAUUUGUUUGUGGGUGCUUGGCCAUACCUCUUUGCGGCUCCUGAACGUCAUGGUAGCGUUAUUUCCCCCAGAGCCCACUCAUUCUGGAAGUUGCAUGGCGGUUACACAGAGAGAACAUUGUCAGCCUGGAAGAGCUGCUGGAGAAGUAAGUAGAGGCUGCCAAGACUCACUAGGAUUUUGGGCUUGACAUGAAAUAUGGUCAGCUCUUUGGCCUCCUCGUCUGUGGCAGCUUGUAUUUUACACUCAUAAGUUAAAGGUGCAUUUGACAAGGCUGCACAUAGAGCGCUAAGCAAGAUUUGCAGUGACCCAAAAGAUUUGCAGCUUUAGGGUGUGUGGGGGGGACUUGUGGGUCAGGGAAACAGUCCCUAGAAAAAGAUAAUAUUGGGAACUGCAGUUGGUGUUGUCUCUUCUCAGUAAUCCAGAUGCUCCUGCGUUGGAGGAGUGGUUGUGCAGUUGCCUCUGUCGUCUUUGCCAUCAAACACAAGAUCCUUCCUUGGACACAGAGACACUGGGGUCCAUGCUUACAGGCAAGCUCUGACUUGGAACACAGUUGGUAUGGGGCAGUUGGUGGGGCGGGGGGUUGUUAGAUGUUGGCUUCUGUGGGGACUGAAGGCAGUGGCCAUUGCACAUUGGUAAGCCUAGGAAUCCUUCUGAGGGCUGGAAGAUGCCAGUCCAUCUCUGCCUUCUGUUGGGUGUUCUAGGCCAGGGUUGGGAUGGUUUGUGGCCCUCAAGAUGUUGAAUUCCAGCUCGCAUCAACCCCAGGAACAUGGCCAGUAGUUGGGAGUUUUACUCCAGCAACAUCUGGAGGGAGAAAAGUUACCCCUCUCUAUUCUUGAUUUUCAUUCCUUCCCUGCAUAGUCCUUUAAUUGCCUGGGAAUUAAACAGAACCUUCCCUAGCUCAGCUGGUCUUUGACUCAGAAUAUCCUGACUAAGACGAUUCAGGGUCUGAUGAUUCUCCUCAUUAACAAUUUAAUUUUUAUUUCUUUAGUGAUUAAACUAAUAAACCAAAGGUGAACCCUGUUCUGUACAGAAGGGAUUUCCAGACAAAGCCUUCCUUUGUUCCCUCCUAACUUCCCUCUAUUUAUUUAUUCAUUGGAUUUAUACAUCACCUUUCUGCUGAGGCACUUAAUGUGGUUUACAAUUUAAGCACUAAAACAAAUGCAUUUUGUGAAAUGAAGAGAGUCCUCUCCUGCCAACUGGGAACUGAUGGUAUAUGUGCUCCCUGGCCUGAGCUCCCUUGCUUUUGCCUUCCUUCAGGGCAUGCAGGUCUUCAGCAGCCCUCAGGGAAGAUGGGCAAGGAGCUGCCCUUUUAGAUUAUCUUCCUUUCCCUUUUGGUAUGCUGGGAGUAUGCUGACAGUGGCUUUGCUCUUAAUUUGUAGACUUUGUGACUGUGCUCCUUCAUAAUGGAUUUCAGAAAACAUUUGAGAUGGGAAAGAAGCUGCAGUUGCAGAAAAUCUCCAAAGUAAGGACAGUGCAUAAUCACUAAGUGUUGUGGUUCUUAAUAAAAUGGUUUUUGGCGCACCAGUGAGAUGAAUGAAACUAGAGUCUCAGCAGCAAGAGCUUAGUUCUCCCUUCAUCUUCGGGUAAGACUGGGACACACCCCUGUCUGAAUUUCUGGAGAUAGGUUGCCAAUCAAUGUAAACGGUACUGAGCUGGGUGGAUCACUGCUCUGAUUGGUACAUAUGAGGCAGCUUCCUGUGUUGCUAGCUUGCAGCUCAUAGACAAGGCAAGUCAGCAGUCCUAGCCCUCAACAGUGAAUCUGUGCCCCUUGGGAAUUUUUCUGAAAGCUCAUGCGAGCCUCAGGAUGCAAGACGAUGCUCUCCCAGAGUCACUGUCUUCUAUUCAAAAGCCUGCACUUGUUUCCUCAUCCUUGUUUCUUUCCUCCAUAGAGGAGAGGAAGUAAGUUUUGGCAAUUCCUCUGCCGCCAUGUCUUCCCAAGAGGGUUCCCCAGACCUCUCAAGUAGCGUUAGGGAAAGGAGGAGGGCCUAUGGGGAAAAUGACCUCAUCCCCUGUUCUACUGACUGAUGCCUUCCAUCAAGGAAGGGGGCAGCACUGUAUUGAAGCCUGUGCAUGUAAUUGAUUGACAAAUUUAUUUCUCAUUACAUUUGAAAGAGGCAGAGCAUCUUAGAGUCUGUUAUGUGAACAUAUCUGAUGAAAAGCUAAUAAUUAUUAUAUUUUUGUGUGUGUGUUUUUUUAAAAAAAAACAGGUCUGCUGUGCUGUACUUGAGAGAAUGUUGACAUGUAAGUGGUGCCCGUAGAAGUAAAUUGCAUUGGGAACUAAAUUAUGAUUACACCUCAGUAGAGAUACUUCUCCCUAUUCUGACGGCUGGGGGUGUUGUUGACAUGCAGGAAUGUGCUGUGUAUGUAAUUAGCCUUUCCAGAUACCACUGCAUUUGUAGAGAGCCGGGGAUUGCUAAUAAAAACGAGCUGUAAUGUGAAAGAGGAGUAGCUGGAAUGAUCUCAUGUUUUGACUGCUGCCUCGUAGUUGGCACUAAUUCUUUUCUAAAUGAGCAUUUAUUAUCUGCUGGAGUUUGAGAACGAACCACAAAUCGUCAUGUUGCACAUCUCUCUGAAUUGUAGUAACACCCCUGGGACCAGGGUUUCAUGCGUUUGUGGAUGGGGGUGAAUUCCAAUGUCCUGCAACAGGGUAAUCCAAUGCAGCAUUUGUGCUGGCGGAAACUUGUUGCACAAUCUGUUGUGCAAUGAAGUUACCAUCAACCUGCUUAUGCAUUUUCUUGUGCAACAAUGUUCUGCUGAUAUGAAACAUUUGGCUAUCUGAGCAGGUAUACCACUAAGUGAGUUUUAAGUUAGCGACUACACUGCAUCUGUUAUUUGUUGCCAUGUGCUUCAGAUGUUUCUGUGCACGGCAACAGGAAGGCAGGAAAACCUGCAAAUCUUUGGGUUCUAGGCCAGGUCACCUGGUGCUUUUGUUUGUUCUGAUUGCCUUUCCCCCUCUGCUCAUGUGCAGCCCAUGUUCAUUUUAGAGGCGCUCGGCAUAACAAAUCUUCCUGCCCCAGUUACUUCUGGAGUAUAAACAUUAGGGCAACCUUUCAGAGCUAAAUCUGUGCACGUCAAACCUCUUAGAGUGGUUCAAGGUCAGGGUUAAUUGUUUCCAAGUCUUUGCCUCUUAAGAAAUUGUUCAUAAUAGCUUCAACGUGAGAAGAAUUGUUCCUUUCCACCACUCUCCUAAUGAGGUCAUCUCCUUAAAUGUGUGCCUCCCAAACGGCUUCUUCCAUAUUGUGGGUGGUCCUUUCCAGCUGUGUUUCCCACCGAGGCUACAUUGUUUUUGGUUUCUCUUUAGGGGUGCUCGAUGCUGCGGCUGAAAAAAAGCAGGAAGAGGCCUCCACACUGAAGGCAGUGAAGUGCUGGUAAGGGGCCAUGCCCCACUCUACAGGUUUUGCAAAGAACAACGGGUUAUGCAUGACUAUGAGAGCGGUGAAAUGGUCAGGGGGAGCACUUCUUAACUAAGCAAGCACCUCGUUUAAUACAGGGCUAGGGAACUGGUGGUCCAGCAGCCCCAGCCAGCAUGGCGAGUGGUCAGGGAUGGUGGGUUUUGUACUCCAACAAUAUCUGGAAGGCCAGAGGUCCCCCACCCUAGGUUUCAUGGAAUGUGGCCUGCAGUUUCGGUUCCCUUCUCACCCUAAAGAUACAUGAGUCAUUUGUGUUGUGUGAUAACCUCCCUAAGAAUAGAACCUCAGUGUCCAGCAGCCGUUCUCUGUAGAUUCCAUAGAUGGUCCACUGUUUUGGUGCAGUGUCCCGGUGCUUAUGUUCUUUAUCUGUCAGUCCUGGCCAAUGUGCAACUUGCAAAGGAAAUCCUAGGCAUUGUUUUUAAAGUCCACAAAUCAUUGAAGCAGUUGUGACUGGUGACGUUUACUUUGAGCUUCCUAUGCCAGCAUUACUCUGCAGACUGCAAACUGCAGAUGCCGCCUGCUUUCUCUCCUUAUAUGCCUAUUUAUAGCACCCAAUUAGUUCAGUUCCUGGAAGUUGGUAUGUUUAAACCUUUUCCUGGUCAUCUGCAUUCCUUCCGAGUUCCUUCCCCAACCCCCAUUCCUUGCUUUUGUGCAAGGGUUUGUGUGUAUGUGGUGCGGGAAUCUAGUGUAGAUAGAUAGAUAAUUUAUUACGGUCGGAGACCAGCUUAUAAAACACACUUGGGGGUACAAUCCCAGAAGGAAAACAAAUAUUUUAAACAAUGUACAACAAUAAAUUUGAAAUUUAUAAAUGUGAUAAGCGUAUAGACACUUAAAACUUUAAGAUAAGCUACCUCAGAGAGAUGACCCAGAAUACACCCACAGAACUGAGUUUGCAGAUUUUCUUAACAAACUAGUUUGAGUCGGGGGAUGGUCUGUACCUACAGAUCUGUACACAGAAUCUGACGACUAUCCAGGUCAUCUUAUGAUCUUUGCCUAACAGGAAAAGGUCGAAUUUUUGCUUUUCUGGGAGGUCAGCGAGGCUCACCAGCAGGGGAUCAAUGGUCUCACUAUGUGCCUCUUCAUAAAAGGGACAUCUAAAGAAUAAGUGCUCUGGGCUUCCUAUAUCCCCCAAUGAACAGGCGCAAAGUCUCUGAGCAUAUAGGACUUUUUAAAAGGAUCUUUCCAGGACCGGCGAGGGCAGAGCCGAGCUUCUGGCGAGUGUAAAAACCCUUCUUGCAUUUUUGGAUACUAGAAAGAAGAGAUAUGCUGCCGGUGCGGCUAUAUAUCUCUCGAUUUCUCCAAUUUUAUAGUCGGGGCACCUUGUCUCUCAGUGUCUAUGAUUAUUUGCAUAACCGUAGCUUUUACUUGGCCCAACCCCAGACUUAGAAGGGCUUGAGGGGCAAAACCAAGUUUCUGAAGGGUGUUCAGGACUGCUGUCUGCCAGCCUGACUGGAACUGGUCGCAGAGGAUCAGUGGGGCUAUUCCUCGGGGGAGCAGAUUCAAUGUCAGCCAUUUGUAGAUUGAUGUUAGGCAGAUAUAAGCCUCCACUCUCAUCAUCCCCGUUUCUGGUCUAACCCAUGAGUUUGUAACGCAUCUGGGGACUUGUAUGUAGGAGAGCUCUAAGGAGUUUAGACUGAACUCUCUCAAGGGGGGGGGGGAAUCUAGUGUAUUUUUUCUGCCUAUAUUAAAAUGGAUAAAUAUUUACAUUCAUUUUGACAGCCCUCCUAGUGAAUGUCUUUAUACUGAAAAAAUUGGAGCCAUUAUCAGCAAUUCACCUCUGAUGAGUCAUUGUUCUUGAGCGCUGAGACUUAGAGGUUCCCUUUCCAUUUCCAGGCUCUGCGUAUUUGGCAUGACGGCAUCCCAAGGCACAGGCCCUCCGGAGUCUCUGCAUCAGUUCUUUAGUCACACCUUGACCCAGGUUCUUACUUACAACGCUCAGCUAACAGGUGGGGCUUCCUAUCAAGGGAACUGGGAAACAGACCUAUAGAGAAGAUGGGUUUGGAAGUCAGUGCCCCAGUUAGCACUGAGUGUGAAUUUAAAACAAAGCUUUUAUAAAUGGAUGUUUAGACACGCACCCUUCCCUUAAGAUUACGCCAGAUUUCUCCAUGAGUUAAUGGCAGUAGUGUUGGCACGGUAAUUUUGUCUGUGUGGACUUAACUCUCAUUUGUUAGAAAUACCGCAAAAUUAGGGAAUACUGGAAGUUAAUGUUGACCAGUGUACAAUAUAUGACUGGUUACAUAUCACGUAUGUUGGGAGUAAUUUUCCUUCCUGCCAUGCCAUGCAACCAGCAACUCCUGAAGAGCCCCCACCCUUUGACCCAGGCCCUGCUACUGUCUCUAAAAUGCCACCCUUGUUUGAUGAGGUCUUCAGAGAUAGGCUUAAGGCAGAGGUGGCCAUGCAGCUCCUUGCGUAAGUUCAUGUGGUCCUCAGCCUGGUUUUAAAACCCCUCUGCCCAAGCUCAUUGGGCAGGGGAAGGAGGAGAGAGCGAAAAGGAAGGCUGGCUCCCUCCACUUUGGGCUCUGACCCCACCCACUGCCAGCUUUCAUCCCCUGACAAAUUGUCCUAAAGGCAGUGUAGUCCUUGGAUGUGGAGAGGUCCAGGCCAGAAAACAUGAGGCCAGGGGCAUGUGGGAUAAGUUGGGACUCCGGUGGAAGUUGGAAAAAGAACAGCUUAGGCUUGAAUGUUCUCACUCCUGCUCCUUAGUCUUUAAAAAUUGUAUUUCAGACUUCUUCGGUUUUUUAAAACCACUUUUCAGCUAAAUAAGCUCAUAACCAACUGGCUGACAAAAGCAAAAUACACAUUGGUCUCAUGCUAACAAUUACUUUUCACAUACUGUAAAUGUUACAGUAUGUUACAGCCUCCAGUAGAAUAGCUGGCUAUUAAUCAGCCAGGGAGGUUGUCACCAUUUAGCUCUUCUGGAAGAUAGCAGAAUUUCAGGAGUCAUCUGCACGCUUACUAAGCCACAAGUCUGUCCUCGGAGCAUCAUGCAGAUAACUUGCUUUUCACUCAUCCUAUGUCAUGUAUUUCCUGAAAGGCAACCCUGCAUUGCCCUAUGGAAAUGCAAACACCUCCAUCACUGUGAACUCACAGCUUUUCCCUCAGUGCCUUAGCAAUGCAGUGAGCAGCGUGUGCAAGAGAACGAGUGAAAGAGGCCCUGGGCUUAAUGGUUUUAGGAGUUGCUAGAAACAAUUGACUUAUUUUGUGAGGCAUAAGCAAGGGAAGCCUUUGAUAUUUUGUUAUCCUUUGGCAGAAUUGCUCUUACUGGUUUGUAAAGUUAGAUUUCCCCCCUCCCCUUUGUCUUCUCUGAACACAGCUUUCGAAGCCAUUCAUCUACAGAGAGACUGGAGCUUUGCAAGAACCAGCUCCGUGCUCACCAUGCUGUACCGCAAAGUAUGUCUCUUCCUUGUGGGAUCUGACCAGGAACACCUCACAUUUUAGCACAACCCUUGUUUAUUAUUAUUUCCUGAAGCUCGUGCAGCUUACUGGAACUGUACCCUUUGGUACAGUCCCUGUAACAUGAUAUGUGCUGCGUCUGGGCUUUUCAGAAGUAGCAUGCUUCAAUUAUAGCAAAAUAGGAGCCUGCUCUCUUUUAUGGAACAAAAAAAUAAAAGCCAAUAGCUUUCUAAGCUGAGGCCAGGAAACCAAACAAUGCAUUGGGGAAAUGUUGUUUGUGCCAAGAGGCUUGCAAAACAGAAUGCGGAUAUCAAAUGGGGAUGUGCAAGCAAGGAGAAGUAUCCAGGGUGUUUGCUUGCUUGCUUGCAAGGAAGGGAAGCCAUUUGGCCUUAGAGAGGAUUCAUCUCUCCAGGGCAGAAAGCUUGCAUAGGAGUUCUUUUCUCAGUUCUGCUUAUAUAUAGACACUUCCCUCCUGCUGAAUAGCCUCACGGGCAGCUAGCUUUGAAGGUCCUGCCUGACUCACCAUAUUUUGGGAGAGAUGCAGAGUGACACUGACCAGGAAACCAGGCGGUUGGUGUGGAGAAUUACAGUCCUGGGCAGGGAAGUCUGGAUCCAGUGGCUCUUCAGGGGCACUGGCAGUAUAGAGAGGUCUUGGUGGAAGUGGGAGUUCCUGCUUCCCCAGCUCCUCUAGGUUGGGUUUCAGGUCUGGAAUAUAGGAAGCUGCCUUAGGAUGAGCCAGACCAUUCUUCCACUUUGUUUAAUACUGUCUAACACUGAUCAGCAGUGUGAUGGUCAGGAGUGAACCAUGAAUGCGUUCUUGGGUGCUCUGCCCCAGCGUCCUUUGAUUCCAAAAGGAUUUCCUCCUCCUUCCCUUCUAGCUGUUUGUGGUGUUCAAAGCAGAGGAGCUGACACAUCAUUUGCAGCUGGUCUUAGAGACAAGCGAAGUGAAUUGGCACCAUGUCCUUUCCUGUGUGUCUACAUUGUUAGUCUGUCAUCCUCAAGCACAACACUUGAUUAAAGGUAUGUUUGGAGAAGAUGUCUGGGCUGCUGCUGGUCUUUCAAGCGCAGAACCAACAGACAUGAGAGGAAAAUGGCUGGUGUGAUCUGAUGCUCACAGCUGCUUGUUCGUGUUUUAGAAAUAUUCGCAAAUAAUAUUGGCUUCUCUGCCAAAUAUUAUCAGUUUGACUUGGAUGGCUUUGCCAAGUCUCCCUCUCUCUCUCUCUCUCUCUCUCUCUCUCUCUCUCUCUCUCUGAAUUUUUAAUUUAGCCGUGGGUCAUUAUGUUGACGCAGGUGGUCAACAUUUAAUUUAGCUGUGGGUCAUUAUAAGGGACGCGGGUGGCGCUGUGGGUUAAGCCACAGAGCUUAGGACUUGCCGAUCAGAAGGUUGACGGUUCGAAUGCCCGCGACAGGGUGAGCUCCCGUUGCUCGGUCCCUGCUCCUGCCAACCUAGCAGUUCGAAAGCACAAAGUGCAAGUAGAUAAAUAGGUACCGCUCCAGCGGGAAGGUAAAUGGCAUUUCCGUGUGCUGCUCUGGUUCUCCAGAAGCGGCUUAGUCAUGCUGGCCACAUGACCCGGAAGCUGUAUGCCGGCUGCCUUGGCCAAUAAAGCUAGAUGAGCGCCGCAACCCCAGAGUCUGUCAUGACUGGACCUAAUGGUCAGGGGUCCCUUUACCUUUACCUUUUACGUUAUGUUGAGACUAUUUAAACUGCUAUUAAUUGCGGCUUAAACUGCCACCUGGAGGGGGCAUAUGCUCAUAUGUUUGCAGUAUGUGCCAGGGCCCCAUUCUGCAGAGAACGGCUUUUUCCAUUACCUUUGGAAGGCUGGAAGUUCAUGCUCAGGUAUGAGCAUUAAUAUAUAGAGAUUUAAACGUGGUUGUAUAAUGUUGGAGCUUUAAAACCCUUUAAGUAGUUAUGAGAUCAGUACUGUAUGAGUUUGCUUACUUUUAAAGAAAAUACACAUAUCCGGCUCUUCUGAAAACCGAUCCAAAACUAAAGUUAGCGAAUAGUAAAAACAAUCAAAUCAAAAUGCUCAGUGAAGAUUUAAACUUAAAAGCAACAACACUGUAGCAGUAGAUGUGAUAGGAGUCUGCAAGAAGAAGAAGAAAAGGACUUCCCCAUAUUGUAGUAGCAGCAUCAGCAGAAAUCAGUAACUACUCUCCUGAGAGAGCUGCAUCUUUACCAGGCAGCUAAAUGUGUUUAAUGAUGGUGAUAAGCAAUUAUUCCACAAUAGCCAUAUCACAGCAAAGAACUGACCUUUCUUACGCACCCUCCACACAUCUGUCAGCUGAGGGAUAUGACACAGGAGCUCUGGUGUUGAUCAUUGGACUAGAUGGGAGACCUACCUUCAGAUCCCCAUACAACCAUGAAGCUCAUUGGGUUGCUUUGGGCCAGUGGGAAAGAGUAGCACAUUUGCUACUGUGGCCUGUGAACUGAGACAACAGGGUUGUCUGUUAUUGUCUACAGCAAUUUCCUUGGCAUUUUUUAAUUGCAAAAAAAUUAUAAUACAAGGGUAUUCAAUGUCUUGUUUGAUCUUUUAACAGAGGGUUGCCUUUUUGUUUUUUUAUUAGCAUCCAGGUUUCCCCAUAGGUAUGUAAUAUUUUGGAGAUCUUGUUGUGCUUCUUCUAGACCUCCUGGACCGCCUGUUGAGAAAAGCCUUUGAGGACUAUGACCUGGAAAACAUGAUCACCGCAUUCAUAAUAGUCCGCCAGGCAGCCUUGGAAGGCCCUGCGAUAUUCAUGUCUUAUGCAGAAUGGUUUAAGGUAAGAGCAAAUGGAAGACGCUUCCCAAAUAAACUUGUUAAUGCCAGACACAAGGACGGUGUGUGUGUGUGUGUGUGUGUCUUGAAGGGUAUCCAGGCUUCUACAGGAGUGAGCUACUGUACCAGAAACUAGGAUUUGAAGGUGCUUUGCAUUUGGCUGGGAUGGGUCUGAAAUCAAAAUGGAGCAAGGCUGCAUUAGCACAGCAGGAAUUUGGCAUUGCUGUUCAACCCACACCUUCAUUUAUCCAAAUGGCAAAGGGAAUGCGGAACAGAAAACUCAAAAUGUAAAAACAUUAUAAAUCAAACUUGGAGUGAAAAGUGGCUGGACCAGCUCCAUAGAAGAAUCCCAAGAGUGCUGGGGGGGGGGGACCUGUGGCCCCACAGAAGAUGUUGGGCUCUAACUCUUCUUGGACUAUGAUGCAUUUUGAGUCCAGCAACAUCUGGUGGGCCACAGGUUCGCACCCCCCACUAUAGCCGAUUGCAAGUUUCCUACAAUGGCCCUCCAGAUUAUUUUUAAGCCCACAAACAGGGCAUAAGAGCACAAGCCCUCUCCUGCUCUCUCCCCAUCCAGUUGGAGAAGGGCCAUAGCUCAGUGGUAAAGUAUCUGCCUUGCAAGCAGAAGGUCCCAGGUUCAAUUCCCAGCAUCUCCAGGUUAGGGCUGGAAGAGACUCUCGCCUGAAUUCCUGGAGAGCCUCUGCCAGUCAGUGUAGACAAUGCUGAGCAAGAUGGACCAAUGGUGUGACUUGGUAUAAGGCAGUUUCCUAGGUGGUGUGCAGUAGCUCUAGUCCUACAGGUAGCACAGUCAUUGACACCUUUUCCGCCAUGCAUUUGCCUUUUCUCCUUUUAAAGCUGUCUAAGUUGGUGACCGUCACUACAUCUUGCAGUAAUGAAUUCCCUCGUCUCAGUGAUGGGCAUAGUUUAACAGUCUUCUGUGUGUUGCUGUCGCUUUCCAGGCUGCCUUUGGGAGCAGCAGUGGCUUCCACAGUAGCAGUAAGAAGGCCUUAGUCUUCCUCUUCAAGUUCCUGUCGGAGCUGGUGCCCUUGGAAGCCCCUCAAUACCUGAAGGUGAGACAUGGACAGGAUCUUGCCACCUAUUUUUAGAUUUUAACUGCUGCUUGAACUUCUAGGAAGUGUAAAGUGCUCUAUGCUUUUUUUGUUUCGUUCAUAUGCAUACAAAAAGGCAGCAUGCAGUGUACUUGUGUACAAUAAAUCUUGCAUCUGUUCUCUGUAGCCCAUACCUUGGGAGGGAAUGUGCAAAACUGCUAGGGGCAUCCAAUGGGCGUGAUGACUGUUGGCCUAACCUUGAUUUGAACUGUCUCUCUAGGUCCACAUCAUGCACCCGCCGUUUGUACCCAUCAAAUACCGCCCCUUUCUUCUGGAAUACAUCACUCUCGCCAAAACCCGACUGGCUGAUUUCAAGGUCAGUGAAGGGCUUCUUCCAUUUCAGGGGCUCAGCCUCUUAAAGAGGGAGGUGCAGGGGCUCAGUCAGCUACCUGGAAACUGCCUCCUCGCUUGCAGAUGUGCAUGGGAUGCUGGCAGCAUUUGUGCAGGGUACGAAAGGUAAGAUUAGCCACCAGCUGUCGGAAACCAGUUCUAGGGAUGAGUCUUGUUUUGCACUAAGCCCCCUGCCCUUUCCCACCACCACGCCUUCAGCUGUGCUCCUUUUUCUUUCAACUCUUUCCAGGUAGCAAUAGAAGACAUGGGUCUCUAUGAGGAUUUGUCUUCUGUCAAGGAAGCUGUGCAGGUACACAAGAACCACCUGGACUGACCCCAUAAGUAUAAUUUCUAUGACUUGCUGCUGUGGUAACUUCUCUCAAGUGUAGACUUGACCUUAAUAAUUGGUUACAUGGGGAGAACAUUAACAAUAUGACUUUACAAUGUUUCUUAAGGCUUACAACUGCUACCGUGAUGCAUCUUAAGGUUAUAACAUGGAGAACCAACGUGAGGGUAGGCAGAUGUUGCUGGACUACAACUCCCAUCAUCCUCCCUGGCUAUUGGCCAUGCUGGCUGGGACUGAUGGUAGUUGGAAUUGGGUAGCAUCUGAAAGGCACCACAUUGGUUGCUUCUGAACUGCAACACUAGCACUGCAACAUGCAUGCUGGACUUGGGGGUGGAGAGGGGAGUAAAAAGGCUCUGUUGAAGGGUAAAGUGGGCAUGUAUUGACUUGGAGAAUUUCUGUUCCACCCUUCCACUAUUUUAAAAGCUGAUAUUCAGGGUGGCUUACCUCAAGUUCUAUUAUCAUUUUAUUUAUAUUAUUGCUUGGUUGCUCUGUAACCCUGCACUUUCACGGGUUCUUGGGGCAGCUUAAAAAAAGUUAAAAUUGCAAUUUAGAUAAAAAUUAAAGCAAAAAAAUUAGGGCACUGUAAUAUAAAAGGAGCCAGUGUAAUUUAAAACAGACACCAAGCAGCACAAAAACGUAAAUGAGUCAAGGAUUAAAAGGCCUGAGAAAAUAAAAAGGACUUUGGCUGGUGUUUAAAUGACAUCAAACACAAACAAAUUAUGCAUUGCUGUAGAUAGGACCAGCACAAAGCAGCAGGAUCAGCCGUUUUGCACUAACCAGGCAAAUUAAAAGCCUAUCUGAAAAAGGAAGGUCUUAACUUGGGAGCAGAAAAUUGAGAGAGUGAGAGGGGCCAGCAGUCCUCCUGAAGAGGAAGGGAAUCGCACGAUUUAAAUGUGGUCAGAAAGAAGUUGCUCAGAGGGAGUGAGGCGGCCCUUCAGGUAGCCGGGAGCUAAGCCAAGAAUGGGGUCUCUCUGAGCACCAUGAAAACUACCUUGCAUUAUCAAUGCCCUUCUUCAGCUUCACAUCUGAUGAGCAAUUACCAAAUGUUGAAGCAGGCAAACCCUUUUACUAAUCAGAGCUCAGGGUUUGUUUGUUUUUUUGGGGGUGGGGGCACAUUCCUCCAGGGCUUCUGCUUCAAUUUCGGAGGCUUCCCUUGGGGUCUUUCAAGGGCCUAACUUGAUCUUGCAGUCCCACUCAUUCCCACCUCCCUUUUCCCCUGCACUUUUGAUGCUCAUUCUCUACUCAGAAUCUCACCUCUCCUGACGCCCGCAGGACUUAGAACUCAUGGCCUUACUUUGAAAGGAGGCAAAAGCUUUAAUUACACACGGUCAGGGGAAAAAAGGGUGGGUGACAGCAGCCUUGUGUUUGAGCAUUUGCUUGGUAGCUGCAGGUGGGUCGGCUCUGCAUGCAGGUGAUCUGCGGUGCUCAGCACUUCCUCAGCACUCAGCAUUGAAACAGAGGAAGGAAACCUAGUAUGGAAAUACAGCUGGCAGAUGAACGAGGCAUGUAAAAUGUUUGCAGACUGGUAACUUUUGCGCAGUUAUGUACAAGGCAGACAGAAAAGUGUAAGUGGGUCCAAUUUUAAUCUCCAUGACAAAAACGAACCAUGACAUUCCAGUUCGUUUAGUUUGGACCAGCAUUAUUCUAUUCAUUUAUUUCUACAACUUUGUCUGCAGUCUGAUCAGAGAUGCUGGAACUUACUGGUGGAAAUCCAGCAUAACAAAUUUGGUCUUUUUCUUUUAAGUGUGAUACAUAAAAGCUGUUUGCUAUAGCUAUGUUUGUUUUCAGGGAGUUCUUAUUUCAAUUUCUCAGUGUAUCCUGCAGGAAAGGUUGCUUUUCAUUCCUCUUAUGUCUCUGUUGGGCCCUGUUGAAUGUCACAGAACUGAUUUCCUUGGCUCUUGCUGUUUGCAGUUUUUAUUGUGGCUGCUCAUUUGUACCAGACCCAAAACAGCAUUAUUUCUGCCUGACUUUACCCAGAGCAGCCAUUUACACUUAACAGCAGAAUCUUUAAGUCCCAAGGCAUAAAAUAUAUGAAAUUUGGAAGAUACACUUGAGUAUCUUUUACCUGACUGUGAUCUUAUUCUGCUCCUGUUAUGCUGUCUUAGUUCCCCAUCACCAAGUAUUUGUUAUGCAGCUGAACUGGCCAUGUCUCCCAUGGGACAAAAAAAAGCAGUCACAAAGCACAAUAGAGCAGGAAAGAAAGACUUGGAUCAGUUGUGCAAAAAGAGAUAAAAAACAUUUCUUCUCUCCUCUGUUGCUUCUCUCUCUGUGUGUAUGCCAGCCACACUGCCAGGCACUUCAUGAUGUUGAAAAGGCCAUUCAGAUAUUUGAAAACACUGGAAAGAUCCCAACUAGUGUGAUGGAAGCCAGGUAUGAUAUCUUCAUCUCCCAGUUCCCCAAAAUAUUCUGUUCCAGGAACAUAUCAAACAAUGCAGUCAGGAAAAAAAGGCUUUAAAAGAAGAGCCGGAAUUGCUGGCUAAAAUAAUAAUAAUAAAACCUGUUGGUAGCUGUUUGUCUAGUGUUUGCCACUGCAUGUGGAAAGAAUGUGGAAGGAGGAAAAGAGCCAAACACCCAUGAAUGGUGGUUCCCCAACUCCGGUUAAAAAGGCAUCCUUUGGAAACAUCCCCCCAAGAACAUAAGAGCCCUGCAGGAUCAGGCCAUUGGCCCAUCUAGUCCAGCAUCCUGUUCUCACAGUGGCCAACCAGAUGCCUAUGGGAAAUCAGCAAGCAGGAUUCUCCUCUCUUGAAGUUUCCAGCAAUUGGUCUGGCACAGUCCCCCUCUUGUGCAUUUCCUCUUUUGUUUCAGUGUAGCUCGCUCAGGGCAGGGGGGAAAUUGUGGGGCUUGUGGCCCUCAGAUUGCAGCCCAGAACUUGCUUGUUCUGUUGCCCUUGUAUGGACCCUCUUGCCUUGAGGAAGCUGUCGUGGGCUGCAGCUGAGGGUGUGCCUGGCUCCCUGUGAAUGCCCCAAUAAAGUAAAAAAUGUUGUUGCGCUCAGGUCCUGUUUGUAGUCUCCCUUGGGGACACCUGGCUGCCCACUGUGAGAACAGGGUGCUGAAGUAAGAUGGACCCUUUUUAGUUUGAUCCAGCUGCUGCCGGGCUCUUCUUAGAUUCUUAUUCACUGGGUUCUGCAAAGGCUGCUUUGUGUUGUGUAGUCCUUCCUGUGGUGGAACUGCCCUAUAGCUAAUCAUAUCAAUGGGUUAUCAUAACGAUAGGCCCACAUGCUGCGUUUUUGAAGUACUGUUUUUCUGUGUGAUUUUUUGAAAUAAAAACCAAUAGGUUUGUUUUAAGGCAUUCCUAAAAAUGUCAAGAUGCACUUUGUGUUCCAGAUGUGAUUAAUUUCUACCGCAUCUGCCUUCCUGUGUUUCAGCAUCUUCAGACGGUCCUAUUACACUUCGCGUUUUAUUCCUGCUUUACUUGCGCCACGUGUGGUGAGCAUCCUUCUUUUCGUUUCCUCCAAUUUUGGGCGAUGAAUGAAAUUUUUUGAAAGUUUUGGUUGCUUUUCUGUUUUAUUUAUUCCUAAACUUAUAGGUUACUGUUCUAUUAAGCACAUUCACAUUCACACUCAGAAUGAGCUGCAGCAUAAAAACAUGUGCAUCUAAAUCAGCCAUGUCAAAACAGAUAUUAAAACACUAUUUUUUAUUUUUAUUUUUUUUAUUGCAGCUUCCUGAAACACCCGACUCCCGCAUGGCUUUGAUAGACUCCCUUAAGAGGUAAGGAAGUGGAUUCUGUAAAGCUGCAAUUGUUUUUUGGUAUUAGAGGCUUCAUACUGGGGACGUUUGACAUCACCUGAUGCGACUUUCCAUGAUGCUGCGUUAUCUCUGCGCCUGCAGCCAUGUAAUGCAGUGGUGUUAUGGUAUUACCACACUUCUGAAUACCCCACAGACCUCUCUGCCUCUUGGGUCCACUGUUCCUGGUCUCCAGGUUUCCUUUGAUUAACUGCAUGUGCAAGAAAAUGUUCCUGCGUGUCACAAAAUGGUCUUUAUCUCUUUGGUUGCUUCCAUACUGGAGCCAUUUUGCACUUCUUCGGCUGUUCUUUUCUGCACUUAUUGAGAAGUGGGAUGACAGGGGAGGUUUCAGACAGCGCUUUAUAACCAGCAAUGCCUUUUCCUAUGGCCAACACCCAUAAUCGUGAUCAAGUUCUGUUCAACAAAAAGUUUUUUCCUGAUGUUAAUUGAAAGCUUCCUGUUUGUAGCUCUGGCCCAUUGUAUUGCUUACUUGGUCAGCCAGUAAAAGGGGCAGCCACCUGCAUGCCCUGGCUCACUUUAAAACAUAGUUUGCAUGUGACAUGCCAACUGCGUCAUGAUGGUAACUGGAGGCUGGUUCAAUGGUGGCAUAAAAACGUUUCUGUCUCCUAAAACAGGGCUGAGAAAAUUCCCGUGAACAUGUACGCCACUUAUAUUGAAGAAUGCAAAGCUGUUAAAGAGAAGCUCUUGCAGGGUGAGAAAGAUCUAUUUGCCUAGUGGUAAGAAUGAAGCAAAACAAAUGCUGCUUCUUUGCUCACCUUCUCCCAGGUAUUAAAACAAAUACGAAACGUUGGCAUUUCCCCAGGGAUAGUGCCUCCUUUGUGGUUGUGUAAUGGGGAAAUGCAUUAUGGAGGUGCUGGCAUUUUCCUUGCUGCAAAGAGAAAGGGGGGAUGCUGUUGCUGAACCACAAAAGUGAUUCAGUGUGGAGCUUCCAUGCCUGUUAAUCUGCAAUGUGGGCUGUGCAAGAAGCUUACUGUGUUUUCUGGUACAAUUCUGACAACAGAUGAAUUGGAGCUGAUGCGUCCUGCUGCUGCCUCUAAAGAACUCUGGACCUUUCUACUUAAUGUGAAAACUGAGAUGCUGUUCUCAGGCUUGGGCAGCUUGAGGUCCUGAGUGCCAGAAAUCAAGGGUGAAGUGAUGCUUUUUAGCAGCUUGCAGCAAUCAAAAGGAAUGAUUUGUGUUCCAGAUAAAGUGGGGACACUGGCCCCUAGUGGCUGUUCCAUUAAAUUCCUGGUCCUGUAGCAGAAGUGAAUAAAACGAUUUAGCCUGCUUUUGUCCUUUAAUGCAGCUGGCUUGAUAUUGAUGGAAUUGCAUUGCCUGUUAGCUCUAAAACGAUCACUGUCUGUUAUAUGUAGCCUUGGGGCAUCACGCCAGUGAAGCAGGAUUAAUGAACGGUGCUGCUAAAUUAGCCUGGAGACUUCAAUGUGCUGAGCUGGCUUAAUACUGAUACGUAUGUGGAGAUAAAUUUGUUCAAUUGCACAAAUUCCAGUCCAUUCUUUAGGUUGAGUGCCCUAAACCAGACCUAGAGAGGUGAUGCUGUCAGUCACCGUAGGUCAAUAGUCUGCAUACUGUCUAAGAACCUCGUUAAAAAUAUGGGCUGUUACUCUUGCAAAUGCUCUUUUGAGGUUGCUCCAUCAAAAUAGUGGGGCUUCAAGUUGACAGUGUUUAUAUUACAGGCUGAACUAAAAUGCACUUUCCAUUGGGAGGAGGGGGUAGCAAGACUAUAACUCAUUGGUGGAGAGCACACACUUUGCAUACAGAACAUCCCAAGUUCAACCCCCAGGCAUCUUUGGUUAAAAUGGGAUCUGUCUGCAAGUGCUGAUGAAAGACAUUUCUCUGCCUGGGACCCUAGGGGUGUGUAAGGUUAAGGACUUUUCUAUUGCCCCAGGCAUUUUGAAUGGAAUUGUAAUUGGAGCUGCUGCUUUCUUCUUCUUUUCCAUAGUUUUUAAACAUGAGUUUUUAAUCUGCUUUUUCAUUUUGCUGUUGCUUUUAUAUUACAUUUAUAUUUAUUUAAACAUUUUAAAACUCAACUUGCAUAAAACUACAACCAGGUGGUAAACACCAUCCAAAAUUACAGUAAGAAUGAUAAAAACAUCACUAAAAUACUGGUUGGCAAAAACAAAUUCACAAGGUUUGUCCGAAUAACACAAUUUUUAGGAGAUCUCUGUAAGUUGGCAGGAAUGAUUCUUGCCAAACCUCUAGUGGCAAGGAGUUCCACAAAGGCAGGGCUUGCUGCGCUAAAGGCUCGGUCCCUAAGAGAGGCUGACCAAACCUCUGGGGUGUGGGGAACCCCAGGAAGUGGCCCAUCAGAGGAUCUCUGUGAUUGAGGUGGAGCAUAAGCAAUCAGAUUGUUCUUAAGGUACUUGGGGCCCAAGUUCUUUAGGGCUUUGUGAAUUAGCACAAGAACCAUGAACCUGGUCCUGCAGCAAAUUGGCAACCAGUGUAGUCUCUCAGCAGAGGAGUUUCCGUCAGCCUGCUCCUGUAAGCAGUCUUGGCCGGUCAUAUAUAGCAGUUUGUAUGUUGGGUAAAUUGCAUGCACCAUUUUGUACGCUGCCCUAGAACCUUCUGAAGGACAGGUAAGAAACAUUUUGAACACAAUAGAAAAUUCUAGGCUAACUUUACAAAUAGCUUGAUCCUGGCAUAAGACAGCAGCAGCUUCUUGUGUUCAGCAGAUGAAUCAAUGGAAAUUGAGGCAAGUGAUCUCAGGGAGCCCUUGGAACUUCUAAAAGCUGAACUUGACACACUGAGGCUGCUUAUUACAGACCAGAAUAAGCAUGAUGGUAAGUGAAGGCAAUCGGGCGGCAAACGGGGAGAGAAUGGGGACGAAACAGCACAGAACGCGCCUGCAAAGCCGCUUUGGCAGAUGACGUGAGCCUGUGUCGUACGUGUGAGAUGUUUGUGGGCCUCACGCAUCAUCAGCCAACUUCAGGGGUAAAAGACAACCCCAAGGGGGAGACUCUGCAGGUCCCUGGGGUAGCUGGUUGGGCAAGGUGAGAUGAACCAGGCAUGAAGGUGCAAUCUGGCCUACUCAGGGGGUGGCCAAAGGGCAAAUGGAACUGCUGCGGUGGAAACUGUCAUGCAGCUCCAAGUGGCCACAACAGGAAAAGGUGGUGUGAGGGCUCCAGCAGGGUAUUACGUCAUCCUCUUCGACUUAACGUGGCUUAUUUUGGGCAGUGGGCCAAAGCAAAACCAUUGGGAGAAGCAGGUUGGAGUUGCAUCUUGGACCGGUGUGUGUGUGUGUGUGUGUGUGCACAUAGUUGUCUGAUUCACUUUAAUUUCGAGCAUCUAGUAUUUGGCAAACAUGCUUUUUCUUGGCUGAAAAAGACCUGCCCACUUUUUUGGCUUGCUAGAUGCAGGCCUGGCCUAAUCUACUUUAGAUGGCUCGAGGUCUGUUUCUAGUUCUCAAGUGCAUCACUUAAACCUGGUCGCUCCCUUGUCAACAUUAUUGCUUCUUAAAACUUCCCGCUUCCUUCAGAUGGAAUCAAACACCACAUAUGCCGGUGGCACUGUGUGUUCAGGGUGGCAGAACAAUUUGCCUAUGAGGUUUUAAAAUAAAUUCCUAAGGAACUUCAGCAGCUGGAUAUACUCUCGCCUCCUUUCUUGGCUGUUCUGUCAUGUUGUUCUCUGUUGCAGAGGUGCCAGCUCAGAUUGCUGUGGUCUCUGAUAAACUGGUGGGCGUUCUGGGACGUAUGAAAGAUGAGGAUGAAGCCGCAUCCCUGAGUCUUAGGAUCAAGCUAAACCUUUCCAUUCCUGAAGUUGAAAAGCAGGAUCAAGGGGUGCGUACAGACGUGCUUUGCUCUAAGUUGCUUCACUGAAACAUCCCUGAGACAGGAUCAUUUUACGGAGAUAAAAUGUUGGGAACCCAUCCAACCAAUGAGCCAUAUUUUCAGUAUUUGUGGCGGUCCUGUCAGGCAAAAUAUGAGAAUUGUAGUUCUCAGUUCUUCAUAAUUGCGUGGUAGGAGCUUGUAUCUCUGCCUGCUAGAUACCAACACCAGAUACAAAGGCCCUGGGGUAGAAAUCAACAGCCAGCCUCUCUCUUUCAGGCUAUUGAUCUUCUUCUGACAUUGUUCUGCCAGAGUGUAAUGGCUGCCUCCUCCUUCCUGCCUCCAGACAGGUAAAAAUAACAUUUGCUAGGUACUUAAAGUUUCUGGAACAUAGUUAAACAGAGAUAAAUAAUUUUUCAUCCUGGCAGCAAUAUGAUGGCAUGGCUUGUAUUCCUUACAGACAAGGGGCCUGGCCCUCCCUCUUUGUGAAAAUGGUUUGUGGGCACCGCCGACUCUUGCCAUCCUUGUUGGGCAGGCUCUGCCAGCUUAUCUGUCAUCAGGUGGGUUUCCCAAUGCGAUGAGCUGAUGUCUUAAUGCAUGCACCCCUCUGAAGAACCGGAAUUGAACUGGCUCCUUCUGUUGCCAUCACAGAGUGUCGGUCUGCUUGAGGUCCUGAGAUAGGCCCCUUUGAGUUCUGGGCUUUACUGCAGGGAUAACCUGUGACCUGUCAGAUGCUGCUAAAUUCCAGCUCCCAUCAGCCACAACCAGAAUGGCCCAAUGGUCAGGGAUUAUAGAAACUGUAGUCCAACGGGAUUAUGGGAACUGUAGUCCAACAACUGUUGGCCUGCAAGUUAGCCACUCCUGGUUUACUGAAACUGGUAACCAUGGAUACAAAAUGUAUUUUCAUGUGCUUUGAUUGGGGUAUGUUUCGUCUGUUUGCAGGGGCCUUCUCUAAGUGAUGCUCAUAUCAUUGGCCUGGCUGUCUUUGCAAUCCACUUAAAUGAAGCCAAGUCCUUAAUUCCUGAGGUGGACCUCUGCUCUUGGCUUCCUCACUCUGCAUCCAAAAGAUGUCUUUCAAUUACUGAGCUCUGGGAUUAUUUAUUGGUGUGCCGGACAGGAGAGUCCAUUGUCUUCUGCAUGAGGUAAACUUCAUUCUCCAUCAAAGGUUUCAUCUGUUGUGAGAGUAAAAUAGGUGGUGGGUAUAUUUCUCUUGGAGGAUGGGAUAAAAAUAAAAUAGAUAGUAUUUGAAAGGAGACCGGUGAAUGACCAAACAAAAUAAUACUUUUUAUCUCUCUCUCUCUCUGUAGGUUUUGUACAGCUGCUCUCUCUUACUACUUCUGCAAAUCUCCUUCCCUUUCCAGUGCUUGUCUGUGCUCCUUACUUCAUCCUGGUUUUGUAAAAAAGGUAACUUUAUAAAAUAUAUAUUUAAAGCAAACGACAGUUAUCCUGCACUCAGAAGUCAAAUCCGAACACAAAUGCAUCUUUCCGCUGCAGUUAUUUCUGCUCAGUUACUCUAUAGUGUGCUAACCUGCAUGUUUAUCCAGGAUUCUCUCUAGAUUGAUUGCUCAGUAUUCUGUGAGUGCAGCGUUUUCCAGCCUGCUUUUCUCAAAACUUGUGGUUCCAGAUUUUAUUAUUGUUAUGCUCCAACAUUUUGGGGGGGAAAUACAACAAUGCUGUUUAACAAUUUGGAGUCAUAUUUGUGAUGAAAUCAAUGAUGUCAGCAAAUAUGAAAACCCUGUUAUUCUAUAAAGUCAACUUGUGGAUUUGUAUACCGGAUAUAGAAAUUUGCCUUAUACAGAGUCAGACCAGUAGUCCAUCUAGCUCAGUGCUAUUUAUAUUGACAGGUUUUUUCCCCUGUUUUGUAGCUUCAAUAUGUUGUUCCACGGCUCAGCUUAGAGGCUCGAGGAAGAGGCUAUGACGGAGACCAAGCUGAGAUUCCUUGGAAAACUUUAUCUCACCCUGCUAUCUGUUACCGGAAAGCUGCCCUCUGCUUGUGGAAGCAAACCCAGUUCAAAGAGCUCUUGCAGGAGAAAGAGUUCCAGGUAAAUUCAGUGACUGUGCCAGGUUCUUCCCUUGCCCUCUGGCAACCAUGUCUCAACGUUAUCUGUAGCAGGUUGAGUCUUCACUGUUGGGGUGCCAGUUAAGCAGGCAUAAGAGCUGGGCUCAGUUUAGCCAGAGCUGAGCAGCCCUCUGAAAGUUUGAGUGAAGUGUAGAAGAGCUCUUAAUCCAUUACACAUGAAGGCCUUGUGGAAGUAGUAGGAUAGGUUAUUGUUGCUGCUGUUAAGCAACAGGGAGUCAGAAAUCCUUGCCAGUCUACUUCAAAUCAUUGAGAGCUCUGCUGGUAAAUCCUGAUUUCGCCCUGAUUUAAGAAAUUCAAUGCUAUUAGCACUUCAGUUUAUGCCUGAGGGCCAGAGCAAAUGACCUAAUGCUUAGCACGGAGGAACAGGCUAAGGUGUCUGGGGAGCUCCUGUUGCUGUUUUGUGUACAGAAAUUUAUCUUUCUUGCAGCUGACCCUCCAAGAGUGGCUGCUGAUGGAGCUAGGGGUCCAGCCUGAUGAAGACGUUCUUUCUCCUUGUGAGAGGUGAGUGCUGCAGGCUGGCUUUAACUUUAGUUCAAGGUUCAGCCUUCACCAACCUGAUGCUCAUCAGAUGUUUUGGACUACAAUUCCCAGCAGCCUCAUAUGGCUGUGCUGAUGGGAAUUGUAGUCCAAAACAUCUGGAGGACACCAGGAUGGUGAAGGUUGGUUUUCAUUCAUGUGAAGAAGCACUUUUGGUCACCUGCAAAUGAGCCCAGAAAGUGAAAAUUAAGCACUGAGGCUGGUUUUUCACAAGUUGGAAUAUUAGGCGGGGGAGGCAGUGGUUUUAGAAGGCUUUUUUUUAAAAAAAGAAUCAUAGUGCAGGUGUUUGUGAUGUGAAAAACAGUGAUUUGUAUGUGAAAAAUCACACUUUCUCAAGCACCUUUUGUUGCUUAUUCUUGGUCUACUGUGUGAUGUGUGUAGCUACGUUUUCUGAAAAGCAUUACAUAAAUAUUUUAAUAAAUAAAUAAAAUAGCCCCUUAAUCCUUCCAAAGGCAGAACCCUCGUUCCUAAAGCUAAAGUCCAGAGAAGGAUAAUUAACUAAAAUAAUUCAUGGUUUAGUCUCUGAAAUGGUUUUGCAAAACUCUCACCCUCUCUCUGUCCCUUUGAGUCUGAGCUUAAAAGCCUUCACUUCUAUGUCCAGCCUUGUGCACUGAUGAUAACCGUAAGAAGAUUUGGCUCAAGGUCUUUCACCCCCACCUUCUCUCUUUUGCCUUUUGAUUUGCUGGCAGAAGAUCUGAGCUUUUUCUGCCUGUCUCUCCUACAUGCAGGCAGGAAUUCCAUUACUGGGCUUUGUAUCAGCACUUUCUUCCUGUGCCUGCUGCUGCUGGAGGCUGUGAUGGAGACCUGAGAGAGAUGUGUGCUGUUCUUAUUAGCACCAUCCUGGAUUUCUGCCAGAGGUAAGAGCGUCAGAAGAGUCUCAUUGGAUCAAGCCAAAGGCCCAUCGUCCACUGUCCUUUUCCUGCCAGCCAGGUCCUCCUUCUGGGAAGCCUACUACCAGAACCUGAGCACAACGGCUGGUUCCCUUUCAUUAAAGGUGCUGGUUAAAUUUUUUCUACAGAUGAACAAAGCACCAAUUGUUUUUCCCACCCAAAUUCUGCCUUUUCUCUCUGCCUGUGAUCAGCUGGGUGAAAGGGUGUGUUACUCCUACAACCUACGCAAUGCUGAUAAACAUCUGCCUUAAUUGAGAUUGUUCCUUCCCCCUGCCCAGGAAUGCACUCUUUUAAAAUAGUUCUGGUUUAUCGAUAGUGUGUUUCCAUGGCAUGUUAAAGCAGGUAAAGAUGCAAAAUUAGCAGCUUUAGGACUUGCACGUGUCCCUCUCCCAGUUUCUCUGGCAAAUGCUUCUCUGUGUGUUCAGAUAUUUCUGGGCCCUGCAGUAGCUCCUCCUCCAUUGCUUUUGGUUCCAGGUCUGAGCUUGACAAGCCCAACCACCUAAAAGAUUUGAAAUGCUCCAUAUCCCAUGGGAGAGGAAGCCCCGAUAUCUACUGCCGGUUGCAGGUGAUGCAAAUGUGCAUGCUAUGUGUUUUCUGUUUGUACUUGUCUUCUUUUCCUUAAAGAUUUUGCUGCUUGCUGGGGUUGGUCUUCUGAUGCUAGGAAUGAUAUGACAGGUGCAAAGGUGCUUUCUAAUCCAGAAAGCAAUGUCCAGUUAAAUUGCUGGAGAGUCAUCCAGGUGUGUAGCUGGCCAUCUUAUGCAUUGGCUGCUAGUGAUGGCUAACAAUGACCCAGUCUCAGGUACCAUGCUGAUAAUAGAACAUGCACAUGCAUGGUCUCCUGUACAGCAUUGUUGCUAAAUACUGCAGCUUGGGCCACCACAGGCCACUGCAUUCUGCACUUAGUAUAAUGGUCUUCAAGGGCAGGUGGGAAUUGUAGUCCUAAACAUAUGGAGGGCACUGAGUUGGAGAAGAUUGCUCUAGACUGAGCUUAUGGUAGCUUUAUGAUAGUGGCCUGCCUAUCUGCAAGGCUGUUUUAAGGAUAAGGGAUGUAUGUGAAAUGCUUUGAGGGAAAAUGAACAUAUAAUAAGUACUGGGCAUUUAUUACUAUGGAAUACCACUAUUUUGAUCUUCGAUCCACUGCUGUGAAUAUAUUCAUGUUUUUAGACAUUAUUUUGUUUAAUUUUUAUGUAUUAUUUUCAAAUUUAUACAUUUCAAUAAUUUUACAAUCAUUUCAACAUUUCGAAACUCAACUUUCUUCCCCCUCUUUCCUUAAAUUUAUUUUUUAUAUUUUCUGCAUAUUCCAAAUUAACUUAACUUACCUGAUUAUUCACCUACUUUAAAGAUAUACCCUUACAAAACUGCAGGUUACUGCAAUAUGUUUUUUGACAUUCUGAACGGUUUGAAAUGUUUUUAGGUGGUUUAGAAUUUUUUAAAAAUAUGUUUUUGUUGUUUUGAAUUGUUUUAAAUUUUUGAUGUUUUCUGCCCAGGGCUCCUUUGGGAAGAAGAGUGGGAUGGAAAUUUAAUAAAUAAGUAAACAAACAGGAGUUGAAACGCCGUCUCCUGCCCUCUACUAACCGGCUGCUGUCUCAAUUUCAGGAGAUGCUGUUGGAGCUGGAGCUGGAGCGCAAGAAAGCCCCACCUGACUCCUGCCCCAGAAGGGAGGAGCACUUCCUAUUCAGGGUUUUCCAGGAGCGGCAAAAAGCUCUGGGCAAUGGGCCCUCUGUGGGUGAAAGGCUACUUCGGCAGCAGGAGGUGCUGCUUCAAACCAGGUAAAUGCACCAUGGCUGCCAAUGAGUCCAAGUGGCUUUGGGGAUAAUUAAAAACACAGCUGCAUAGAGGCCAAUGGAAGACAAGAUUUUCCCUUCCUGCUUCCUCCUGGGACAUAGGAAGCUAUAGAUAUAGACGGGGCAUUCUCAGUGGUGGCACCCCAGCUGCGAAAGUCUCUCCGAAGGAAAACUUGCAUUCAGUAAGCAUGGAAAGACACUGUUUCUAGGCCUCUGGCUAUCAGAUUUUUCACACUGCUGGUUUUAACUGUUGCCUCAAUGUUACAGUGGUGUUUUUAAAUGGGUUUUCAUCUAAUUUUAUUAUGUUUUGAGACCCUCUGGGCUCCCUUUGGGAAGGAAAGUUGGCCAAACAUUCAAAAUAAUAAAGAUAUGGAGUCAGGCCAUUGCUCUAUCUGUCUCAGCAUUAUUGAAACUGACUGGCAGUGGCUCUCUGGGAGUUUCGGAGUGGGGGGGUGGCGUUUCCAGGCCUCCCUGGUGAUGCCAGCGGGGACUGAACCUCGGGCAUUUUGCAUGCAAAGCUGGUGCUCCAUCACAGAGCUACAGCCUUCUCUGCUCUCGUGAGGGGCAGAGGGAGGGCUGGGAAUAGCCUGAUCUUGGCCCCAGUUUUGCUAACGCUUCCGUUCAUUGCUUUCAUUGGCAAUCUGAAAUCCUGUCCACAACAAAUCAGACACUAUUCUUAAAUCAAAAUGAAUAUGGUUUUUUACCCUGAAACAAACUGCUUCUUGUUCAGGAUUCUUUUAGGUCUCCCUCCAUCGGUUCUCAUAUCAACACAGAAGAGAGGAAAUAAAAUUGCUCUGGAUUGCGAAGACUUCUUCUGUUUUGCAAACACGGAACUGGUGUGUAUCCUGUCCUAAAGAACUGCAGUGCUCUUGAUAACUGUUCCUGGCUGUGUGUUUUGCUCUCUGGGUGUGCUGUUGCUGAAUCUUCCUUCUGGGGCUUAAAGCAGCCUCAGUGAGAGAGCAGUCUGCUUCAGCCGUCCUCAGCUUGCUACUUUCCAGAUGUUUUUUUGACUACACAGCACAGUUUCAUGAUGAUAGGAGCUGUGGCCCAAAACUUCGGAUGGAGCCACAUUAGAGAAGGCUGGUCUACCGCUUUUUAAAGAAUGUGGCCCUUAUGCUCGCUUGCUGUUUUGGGGAAGAUCGCUGCCCUUGGAAAGGGACCUGAUCCCCUCUCUCUGUGAUAUCACUCUGAUCUACUGCCUGCUAACUUGAGAGGAGGAGCAAACCCCAAACAACCUGUGCUGCCAACAGCCAGAAUAAAACCAUCACAAUCUUGGGUGUGGGCACCAUUGAGUCAGGGCGCACCUACAUUGAAGUUAUUAUCCAGAUUUCCUGGGAAUGCUUUCCUCACUCUCUGAAAUUCCUUAUUCACAUUUUUACAGAGGAAUGUCUGCUCCAGAGGCUGUGUGCUCUCCUACGACAUCACAUCUCAUUUCUUCAGGGUAAUGUAACUGCAAACUCACCUCUUGUCUUCUGAAUUUCCCCCGACAAUAUGGGGUUGCAGGGAAGGAAUUUAGUCCCCUGGCAAUCCUAUGUAGUCUCUCUGUGUGUGAGUGCUGUGCAAUCCAUUUAGAAUGGGUAACGAGACAGUUUCCUAUGAGGGCUGAAUGUGGGCUUGGAGUACAUUUUUUAAAAUCCUCCCAAGUGUUGUUUCUCCACUGCUCCCACUCAUGCCAGUGGAACACCUGAGGGACAUGGCCUUUGUGCUGCCUACCACAGCCUGAUUCCCCCCCCCCCGGUGGUUUUUGACAGCAGCCCUCGGUAUCAGGCUGAUGAGAGCUGUAGUCCAAAGCAGGGGACCAGGUUGGCUUAGGCUGCCUUAGUGAAGCGCCUUUGCUUCCUUAGUGCUCUGAAAUCUGCCUUAGUGACUGUCCUUGCUGUCCUUCAGGGCUUGCUGAGCGCCAGCUUGGAGUGUCACAAACCUGCGCAGGAGGUGACUGCCAUUCUCACCUUGUGUCAAACCACGUGCCCUAUAAUCCUGGGUUCUGCAGCGGUAAGAGGCCCAUGCUGUUGAUUUACCUUUCUAUAUGUCUCCUUGCAGUUCCAAAAGCUCUUGGCUCAGGUGGCAGAGCACAAGACUCUUAAUCUCAGGGUCAUGUGUUUGAGUCUCACGUUGGGCAAAAGAUUCCUGCAUUGCAGGGGGACCAGAUGACCCUCAUGGUCCCUUCCAACUCUACAUACAAUUCUAUGAUUCUAUGAUAAUAUGAUGCAAGUUCUCUUAAGCAGGAGCUUGAUCAGCCAGGGUGGUUUUGGAGAUCAUAGAGGUACACUUUUUGGAGGAGGGUGGGUGUUUCUAACACCAUAAUAGCCCAUCCUGAGCAAAUACUAUGCCGAACCACUCAAAAUAAAUUCUUGGUUUAAAAUAGCCAUAUUAAAACAGGUGUGUUUGGUUUUUUAAAGCACCAGUCCUAGUUCUGCCUGCAGAUAUUUAGGUCACACAAGAGCCUUCUGUAUUAAUAACAAUAAAGUUUUUCUGUUAUGCCUCAUGAAUAUUCCUCUUGAUGAUCCUAAUCCUUAGAAAAGUAGCUAGUUGGGGCCCAGAGUAUGGGGCGUGGGGAUGACGACACUUGAUUCUGCAACACUGCUCAAAUAAAGUCGGUGAGGAAACCCUAUGUAAGAGUGGCAUGUAAAAUGGCAUUGAUGCAGUUUUAAGCAGUGGCUGAUUUGCGCUCUCUGUCUCGACUCCAUGAAGUGCUGGUGGCAGAGGCUGGAGCCCGUGCUUUUCUCGGAGUGGAACAGACUCUUCGGCGCUCCAGUCGCACAGGGAUUGCAGAGCCUCAAGGAGUUGCAGACCUCUGUCAGCAGGUAACUCCAAGGAAGCAGCUCACACCUGAGAAGCUGUUGAGCUUCUGUGUUCCCUUCAUGUCUCCCACUCCAGCCAUGAGAAGAGAUGGGGAGGGGUUGCAUUCCUAUUACCUUUUUAGCUCUCACCUUGAAAAACUUGGUUUUGGACUUCCAGGUGUCUCUACAUCUUCUCUUCUCAGCCAUGUCACACACCUGAUUAAGGAGGGCUGUCAUCUAUGAAAAGGAGCCCGCUGGCCUUUCAACUGACAACUGUUUUGUCUUUACCACUCAGGUUCCUCUCACUGGAAGCAGCUUCCCUGGUCUCUGACAUUCCAUGGAUCUCUGCUGCCUUUCUCCAUUUCACUGUGCAACGGCAAAUGGUGCAUGAAAAGAUGGCUGAAGGGCUGAAAAGGCUGGGGUCUGAAGCAGAGCAAGUAAGAGAUUACAUUUUGCAUUUUGCUUUACCAUGAUGUGUCCAUGAUGGCGCAGAGGGUGACCCUGGCUUCUGCAGACUAGACCAGUGGGUCGACGUCAGGCUUGAGAAACUCACUUUGUGUGAUGCAUGCAUUUAUUUUUUUCUUUUACCUGACAGCUCUUGGUGAACCUCUUCUUCUUUUCAGUCGUGGAUUUCAUCUCAGCGAUAGUAACCCCACAGGUAAGUAGAUUUCUCAAACUGCCUGGUAGACCCAGGGCCUUCAUUUGUCACUGUUCAACUGUCACGUAAACUUUCAAAGGUGGAGUGGAGGCGGAUAGCUCAGUUGGUUAGAGUAUGGUGCUGACAAUGCCAAGGUUGCAGGUUCGAUCCCCGCAAGGUACAGCUGCCUAUUCCUGUAUUGCAGGGGGUUGGACUAGAUGAUCCUCAGGGUCCCUUCCAACUCUAUGAUUCUACGAGACAUAAAAUUCCUGUACUUUUAAGUAUGCGAUGAUGGUUACAAUCUUUGUCUGUCUGCUGCUUAGCCUGAAAGGAAGCCUAAGAAGUAGGAAGCUCCUAUAGACCUGUUCUUUAUAGAUGGGUAAACUCAUGGAGAAAGGUAGUGGAGUUUGCUCAAAGUGACCCAAUGGCUGUUCCCAGUGGCUCUGGUAAUGCCUCCAGGGUGUACCAAAGAGGGGAGGUACGUGUGUGCUUUUCCCCUGUAACUUGCAGGAGGGCGUGGAUGCUCACAAAGCCUUGGAUUGGAGCUCAAAGCUGCUUCAGGGCUUGGAGGAACGAGGUGCAUCCUGGCUGGCCGUCUUCAGUUCAGCAGUGAAAGGUACGAACGCUCCUUCAUAAGCUGCAGCCAUCUGAGGGUUGCAGCCAGCUAAGUACUGCUCAGGCUAGACUAUUAACAGACAGAACUUCUGUUACUUUCAAUGGAUCUAGUGGAAAUGAGUUGGAUACAACCCCCAAGAAAACUGUGAGAAACGUUUGAUUGAAAGCUGGCGCCCAGCUAAGAUCUGUCUCUUUUGGCAUUGCAGACCACAACCCUUACCAAAUCCUGCACGGUACUGUAUCACAUCAACACUUGAGGCUGUUGCCGGUUGCUUUCUAUAGGUAAAUUUCACAAAUGUAUUCUGCGUGUAAUGUAUAUACUUGCUGAGAAAAUCAAGGGUACCAGAAACUUGACAGGGCCACUUUAUGCACUUGCUUAACUGAUACAUCCAACCACCCAGUAACCCCAAGUUAAGAAAGAAGCACCAGAGUUUUCAUUGUGUUGAAGUGACUUGAUACAUGUAGAUAAAUCAUCAUUACCACAAAACCCUUCUAAACUUGUUUUGAAUUUUCAAGUCAAAAGACACGGCCGAGUGACUCGGCUGCAAGUCUGCCUGCAGAAGUACAUCUAUGCAAAGCGAGGAGGGAGCCUGACCUGGUCACACUUGUUGCCUGCUUGGCCUGCUAACUUGUUCUUUCUUCUGUAGCCUCGUCGUCACCUUUGAACCAGGACACCUGGUUAAGGAGCAUACAUUCCUGUAUGUUGCCAUUGACAUGUACACACAGUUGCUGCAGCUCUUUAUGGAUGGGACAACAGCAGUGGGACCAAGCCUGCAUUCCACUGAGCCUGUGAGCAUCUCAUCCCCUUCCCUUCCAUUUGUUUAGAUCAGCCCCUCUGCUUCCUUCCAAAGUACAGAACCAUCCUGUUCCCUUUUUGGCUAGCCACAGCCUUUAUUUGCCUAUUGUGUUGACUCUAUGAGUCAUUAUUUGGGCAGCACCCACCUCGUACCUGGGAGCACCUGGAACAAUUAGGGCUCAGUGAUGAAAGGGGGAUGUGUGUGAGAGAGAGACUGGAGCUGCUCUGAUAAACAGCCAUGUCAGUCAGCUUUGCAUUUCUGUCUUUGCUGGCUUCUUGCAGUAUAUAUAGUUUUACCUCCAAGCAAAGUCACUCAAGGAAAACCAGUGUGGUGUAGCGGUUAGUGUGUCGGACUGGAACCUGGAAAAACCAGGAUUCAAAUCCCCAAUCUGCCAUGAAGCACACUGGGUGACCUCGGGCCAGUCACUGCCUCUAAGCCCAACCUACUUCACAGGGUUAUGGUGGGGAUUAAAUGAGUUGGGGAACCACCGAUACCACCUUGCACCCCUUGGAGAAAAAAGGUGGGAUAUAAAUGCAAUAAAUAAAAGUCUGAGUAAGAUCAGUCUACAGAAGUAUUAUUCACUGUUUCCAUUCUGAAAAUGUGUUCAAAGUAGAAGCAGAUUAGCUUAGAUACCAGGAAGAUGUUUCUACCAGCGAAAACUGCCCAUGGGCGAGAAUCCAUUUGAGAAAAGCUACACCAACCAGAGGUUAGAACAGGGAUGGGGAACAUCUCUCAGCUGUUUUGAGCUCAACCCUGUUGUUGGGAAAGCAGAAUACAAAUAUUUAAUCUAGAUCUCUGAAGUCCUCAAGAUGUGAAUUCCAGCUCCCCUCAUCCCAUGCCAUGCUGGCUGGGGCUGACUUCCCUGCCCUUGGAUUAGAUGAGUCGCCAGCUGCAUCCCUUCUGGUUCCUGCAACUCUUAAGCUGUGGCUUAGUUGCAACAUUAUUUGAACGGUGCCUGUCUUUCCCAGGAGGAGUCACUGGCGCUGAUAAGAAGAGCACGGCAGUUCCUGCUACGUGCAGUCCCCCAGUGUCCUCAAGAGAGCUUUUCCAGCCUCCAGCAGGUGGGUGAAAGGUCUUUCUGCUACCUCAAAACUUGGGAAAUCCAGGGCUGCUGGCAACACUGUGGAUUGUCCUGUUGAUCCAUCCAGCAAUCAGUUCAACAAAGCCAAUGGCGACUGGCUCAGUCUUUCAGCCCUCUACUUCACUUCAUUUAUUCUAGGAGAAGGGGACAGAAACUCAACUUCGCCAUUUUAGAGGGGGGGAGCACAAAUUAAUAGUAGGACUUUUGAGGAAGAAAAGCUGAAAUGUGCCCAAUAUUGGUCUGGCUGCACCCAAAGACUGGCCCUUGCUCUGUAUCUCCUAAAGGCCUUCUUAAAGUGGAGGUGUUUUCCAGCCCAUUUGUGGGUUCCAUUUACUGGAAAUGCUGGGAUUGAACCCAGGCCUUAAUGCUUUGCAUGUCUGGCUCUAUACCUGAAGCACAAGCCCCUGAGUAGGAUCCUCUGAGGCUCUUGAGCAGUUAUUUCCUAUUCUCCAGUCCUCUGGUUGCUUCCAACCUCGUGUUACUGGCAAAAGAAGGGCAAGGAAGACCGUGCCUUUUAAAACUUAACAGUCGUAGUGGGUAGGAACCCUAGCUCAGUGGUAGAGCACAUGCUUUGCAUCCUUGGCAACUCCCAAGAAUAGAGCUGAGAAAGGCCCUUUUCUGCCCAAGAACUGCCAGCCAGUCUGAUCUGGUAUCCGGCAGCUUCCUCUGCUCCUAGCCUUGCCACCUGUGCGCUCCAAGCAGGAAGCAGCUGUGCCUUGACUCUUUGCACACCUUUGGCUCCUGCUGUCCACAGGUGUGGUAGAUUACCAAACACUAUGACCUGUCCUAGAAAUGACAUGGCCAGGCCAGAGAUCUGUCUUUUCAGAGUGCUGCUGGCUGACUGCAGCGAGGCUGAACCGGUGGCAGCCUUUCUUUACAAACUCGACGUCAUCGUGCUGUCUGCGGACAGUCUGCUCAAGGAUUUAGCUUCAGAAAGGUAGCAACGCUUGACACCAGACUCUUUUCCUUCUUAGCUGAUGAGUCUCUGUGAAGACUUGGACCCAGAGAUGAAGGCUGCCCUUGUGAACUCCAGUGAUGAUGGGGAUCUGCUUGAUGAAGAACUUCUCCUUUUCUGACUGCGGAAGUCCAGGCAGGCAGGCAUUCCCUGCCCACCCAGACAAAAUGCAUGGACAGGGAAAAGUGGACACGCCUGCAAAGGCUUAAUCUGUUCAAAGUAUGGUGUAAAUAAUUUAUUACAAGCAUGACCAUGACUUUGUAACAAUAAAAACCAUGUUAC